AUGGGUUUUGCAGUGGCUAUGGACCACCUGUAUCCGAUUGUAGAAUAUGUUAAACGUUUGAAUCUUGAUGAUGUUAUCUUUAGUGAGGAAAAUCAGAAACUAGAUGUGGGCAAAAUGUGUACAUUUUCAUUGCAAAUUGCACAAGCUGUGGCAUAUCUAUAUAACCAGAAACCUGCGGUAGUUCAUUGUGACAUCAAGCCAGACCACAUAAUUAUUUCAGAGAAUGCUGAUGUUGUGAAACUGUGCGAUAUGGGUCUUUCAAAAUUAAAUAUAUUAAACAGUACACUGACAACAUUCGCAAAUCAAAACGGACUUCAGCCUGGAACACCUGCCUACCAAGCGCCUGAAGUUAUUUUGAACCACUCACCUGCUUGCAAAAGCACUGAUGUUUGGAGCUUGCCAUGCACCAUAUCUGAGGUAUUUUCAGAAGAGCAAGAGAGGGACAAGCUGUAUCUGACCAGGACUGUGAUCUUUCAGCUUGUACAAGCUCUCAAAUACAAGAUCAGUUUACCUGAUGAAAAUUUCUUACUUCUUGUUCAGUAUGAAUACACGUUUAAGAUUCGCAUGUCUUUAAACAUGAGAGAUUUAUGCAGCAGUCUGAAAGUGUUCAAUUUCUUCUCUCUGUUUCUUGUACAACGCUGA